AUGGCACCAAACAUUAGUAGUGGACAGACACUUGGCUACAAGGAGAAAACAAGGGAUAUGGAUAUAUUUCACAAGGCUGCUUUGCAGGGUGAUAUGCGUAAGCUGCAGCUUACUUCCAUAUGUGGUGAUGUUAAUAAGCCUGACAAGUUCAACAGAACUGCACUUCACCUUGCCUGCGCCAAUGGACAUGCUGAGGUAGUGAGUUUCCUCAUUGGGAAAAAAGCCAAGAUCAAUCUCUGUGACGACCAAAAAAGGACAGCCUUGAUGACGGCAGUGCAAUGCAAGAAUGAUAUCAUUGUGAGCAUUCUGCUAGAGAACAACGCUAACCCUGAUCUGGUGGACCUGGACGGAAACACAGCUUUACAUUUGGCCUCGAAAAUCCCGUCAAUGGAAUCUGUAAUUUUGCUCGUAAAGAAGGACGCUGCCAUUAAUACUAAAAAUCUGAAAGGCCUUUCACCCUUGGCGAUGGCAAUUCGAGGAAACCACAUAGCAAUGGCUGAGUUUCUGUUGAAGAAAGGUGCUGAUGUUGAUAUUUUAGACAAACACCAAAGAUCACCAUUAAUGAUAGCUGCUGGCAAUGGACAUAUGGACAUGGUACGAAUGCUGUUAAUGUUUAAAGCGGAUUUUACACUGAAGGAUAACAAAGGACUAUCAGCUGAGGACUAUGCUUUGACAAAUGAGCAUCGUCCCUGUGCCCUGCUUAUUUCUGAGCAUGCAGCCAAAAGGUACCCUGGGCCUUUCCUGAGUCCUUCAGUUAAAUGUGAAGAAAUAGUUAAACCAGAGCGAGUCAACUCACGCGAGGCCUCUAACACAUGGGGAGAACCAUCCACUAGCAAAGAUGGCUCCCCUGAAAUGUCAAUCAUAGAAAGUGAUGACGAGGGCAGCUUUCAUUCUAACAUGCAGCAACAAAAGUUAGAGAUUGCAUCAGAAGACUCUGUUGUGGAGUCUGCUGAAAACUCCCUGAAGGAGAAGACGCUUGAUGACUGCCAGUUGCCUGAGAAGACUGUGCUUCAAGGAGCAGAAGAAUUAAUGUCAACUGAAGAACCACAGUUGCACCUCACUGAAAUGGAGAGCUGUGUAGUUAGUGGCACUGCUGGUCAAAAUACAUCUGAUGAGACCAAAGUUGGAAUGUGUCAAAGCAUUAAACUGGAAGAACCUGAGGUGCCCCCUGAGACUUCUAAGACAAUGAAGCAUCCAAGUGCUUCCCGUGACACAGGUGAAAAGGCAUCAGAGGAGCUUGCAAAUCAGCAACUUGAGACCAAAUUAUUGAGUCCCAGAGAGUUGCUCGGUGAACCUUCACAACAACUACACCAAUAUGUACCCUCUAGAAUUAAGGUGGAAUCACAACUGCCACCAGAGCAGACUUUCCACAUCAGACCUGGUGGCCACCUGGAAGACAAUUCACAGCUUCCAAUGGUUAGCGAAGCACUCGGCCCCAGAUUCCCCCAGAACAACGGUGGAAUCACAGAUCUUUCUAUGCGUGACAGAACUUUAAGUGAUCUGUUAAAAGAUGACUGCAGGUGGAAGUCAGCAGAAUGGCCUAAAAGAACACGAACCCCUAUCCUAAACAAUGAUGAUAGUGAAAUUUCAGAAGAUAGUGACAAGCUCCUAUCUGAGGACUCUGACUUUGCCCACAAUAUUCAGGGACUCGAGACAACAGACUCCAGAAGUAAGAUGAAUUUUCAGGAUAAAGUCAAUCAGCGCUUUCUGAAAGCUAAGUGUUAUCUUGGUUCUGCUGGAGAGCGGCUGAGACAACUGGAAAUUGAUAAACGUAUCUUGGAAGAAACUAAUUUAGAGUUGCAAACUGAUAACACAAACCUCACAAUUCAACUGAAAACUGCCAUCACUAACAUUGUGGCGUAUGAAAGCGCCAAUAAGAAGCUUGAAGAAGAUUACAGACAGGCCCAAAGUAUUGUAGUACAGAAUCAAAGCACUCUGAGUCUACUACAUCAAAAGGUCAACAGUUUGGUCUCAAAGCAGAAAGAGAUGGAAGAGGAAUGCAGAAGGAGCAAAAGCAAUGAGGAGCAACUGAGAUCAGAACUUGAGGAAUUCCAGGCUGACAGCAACAUCAAACAGAGAGACCUCUCAGAGGAGAAUGAGACCCUCAAGGAUGAGGUAGAAAAUCUGCACCAAGAUCUUACAAUUUCACGUGACAACGAGAACCAAAAUGCCUUGCAUUGGAACAACACAAUUACCUCAUUGAAGUAUGAGCUUCAAAUGGUAAAUACGCAACUGGAGACCGAGCGACAAGCUCAGGAUCACUUAGUAGGAGAGCUCCAAUCCAUUCGCUCCCGUCUAGCUGAGGGUGAGCAAGCUCGAUUGGACAUGGAGAAAGCGCUGCUCCUUGAGAAGGAUGAAAACCAGCGACUUACAAGCCAAGCUGGCUGUCAUCUCGAAACUGUCAACAAGCUGUCUGAGAAGCUCUCCAAAUUGAAGGCACAUUCAAAUACCAUGGAGAGCGAUGUACAUCGAUACGAGGUCCAGAUGGCUGAGAAGACCACACAGCUGAACAAUGUGCAACGUGAAAAUGAGCAAACAUCUUUGCGUGUUAAAGAGCUGGAAACUGCUCUGCAAGCCGAGAAAGAGCUGCUUGUUCGGGCCACAUCACGCCAAGAAACCACUCAGGCACUCCUAAAUCAAGCCCAGAACGAAGGUACUUCACUACGGCAGCGCCUUGAGGAGGCCACUGCCAUAGCUGUUGCGAAGGAGAAUGCUUUGUCAGAAGCCAAAAAGAGUUUCAAUGACUCUAUGUUCAAACUUCGCACUGAAUGUGAGGAAAGAGUACAAAAAGCUCAGUGCACUUAUACGGAGCUCGCCUGUAAAGUUCCUGAACUUGAGUCUCUUGUUCGCAAACUAGAGCAGGAGAAAACAGAGAGACAGACUUCCAGCCCGCUCUGCCCUCUUCACGUGCCCGGCAAUAGAACACUAUCCUCGGGUUUUGCUCAGGCAGCUACGCGCUCCUCCGAUGUCAGCCAGUUUGUCCUGUGGUCAUACUCCAGCUGCUUCCCCGGCAAACGAGCUCUCCUGCCCGCAGCACGGGAACAACGAGUUGCUCAUCUAAAGCAGCUGCAGCAGGAAUUAGAUGACUCUUUAAAGAAGCUAUCGAAAUGUGAAGCUUCUUUGGAAUUCCACGCACGGUAUCGGAGUGAUUAUGAGGAAGAGAAAACUCGGCUCCUCAGAGAUGUUGACAAGCUGAAAACAAAGCUGCAUGAAAAAGACACUCAAUGCAUCCAAGCUGAGAAACUAAUAAAUGAGCGAGCAAGUAUUUUGGAUGAAAGGGAACGAGAACUGAGUUUUGCUGCGCGAAAAAAUAAGGAUGCUCAGGCUGCUGUGGACGCCUCCAAUAACGUUGCCAAACAGCUUGAGGAGGAUAUGCGACGGUUGGAACUUGACAAUAUCAGGUUGGAGGCUGCUGCAAAGCAACAUUCUAACAAAUUUGGAGCACUUCAAAGGGCGGCUGAGGAGGACGCAAGGGUGGACACAGAAAAGAAGAAAUGGGAGGAGUUAGCGGAGCAUAAAAAGGCUGCUGAAUGUCGUCUGGAACAAGAGAUGAAGAGAAAUUCAGACCUUCAAAGGGAAAUUUACAGGUUACAAACUCUCCUUAAAGCUGCUAAGAAGAAACUACAGGAGCAACAAUUUAGUGUAGCUGAAAGAGAAAAGUUAAAUCAGCAGGUACAUGAACUCCAGGCAGAGCUGGAGAGGGAGCAGUUCUCGUUUAACCAGUUGGAAAGAAGUAAGAAGCAGCUGGAGGACGACCUGCUUAAUCUGAGACGGACCCAAGCACCCACUUUGGAUGGAGGCUUCAUGGGUUUAGCAGCCAAUCCUCUAGGCUACCAAUAUCGAUGCCACUGCCCAAAAUCCUUCAACCCUGUGAGUGAAGGGCCCAGCUACAGUGUGCAGGACUACCUAGCCAAGAUGCGGCAAGACCUGGACAUAGCCAUGUCAAGAGAGUUAGGCAAUUCCUCUGUGAAACUGGACAUGGCUCUGACAUGUGUGUCACCUGUAACUAAGGCACGGCAGCAGUACGUGACUGCCCUGAAGAAAAACCGUGAGGUGUAA